AUGUACCCCAACGCAUCCGCAACAACCUCCGGCGCAGAGGCAAACAAAGCCUCGAACUUCACGCACAUUUCCAGGCCAAUCCACGAUCGCACCAACAGCAACGCAUCCUCCUCUUCCUCCGAUGCCUCAACUGACGCGCUCGAUGUCGAUACCUCAAUAUAUCCCGACGGCAAAAUGUCGCUGGCGGGGAUAUCGCUGCGCGCAAUGCUCCUCGGAACCAGUCUCGGAUUGUCAGCAAGCCUGUCGUUGUUCCUAAGCACCGUAUAUCAAACCCCACUCUGGCGCGUGCCCUUCUUCGUCGCCUCGCUGAGCCUGUUCCACUUCUUGGAGUUCUACGUGACGGCGCAGUACAACACGCGGUAUGCGACUGUCUCAGCGUUCCUGUUGUCAUCGAACGGAUGGGCGUAUAAUAUUGCGCACGGGUCUGCCAUGUUGGAGUGCCUUGUGUCACAUGUUUUCUGGCCCGGGCAGACUGCUGCGGGGCGGUUGGUUACUGUGACGGAACCGUUUUUCGGAAGCUCGGUCUCGUUGCUGCUUGUCGCAGGCUUUGUGCUUUUGUUGAUCGGGCAGCUUAUUCGCACCCUUGCUAUGGCGCAGGCUGCUAGUAACUUCAAUCACCAUGUGCAGAGUCAGCAUCAGGAGGGUCAUGUUUUGGUUAAUACUGGUCUUUAUCGCUAUCUGCGGCAUCCGAGUUAUUUUGGAUUCUUCUGGUGGGGUCUCGGUACACAGCUGGUGCUAGGGAAUAUGGUUUGCUUUGUCGGAUAUUCCCUAGUGUUGUGGCGGUUCUUCUCGAGCCGGAUUAAGCGCGAAGAAGCUUACUUGAUCUCCUUCUUUGGUGACGAGUAUGUUCAGUACAGAAAAGCUACCUCGGUUGGUAUCCCGGGAAUUUAG